UCGCGGUUAAAUCGUACUGCUGGUAGUGCGUACAUCUUCACACAGAUCAACUGUGUGUUCUUGAGUCUAACUUCACGAGGAUCUAUAAGGAUCUAGUGGGAGUGCGUGAGUAAGACUUCACAAAGAUCUACUGUGUGUGUGUGUGUGAUUGCGGGAUUGCGUCAGUCCAACUUCACAGGGAUCUAGUGGGUGUGCGCUAGUGGAACUUCACAAGGAUCUAGUGGGAUUUCGGCAGUGCAACUUCACAAGGAUAAAGUGAAUGUGCGUCAGUCCAACUUCAUAAAGAUCUACUGGGAUUGUGUCAGUCCAACUUCACAAAGAUUCACUAGGUGAACAUUCGUCUGUCAUCACAUUGAACGUAUCUACAGCACAAUGAACAUUCAAUACUUUCUGCUUCUUGGGUUGUUGUUUGCAGUCUUGCUCGUCGAAACAGCUAGUAAGAACGGCAAGAAGCAGAAGAACAAAGACAAGCUGGUGUGCUUUAGGAAGCUGAAGAAGAACGGGAAAUGUUCGGGGAUCGUCCGGAAGCGAUCGUUCACCUCGCCGGAAGCCUGCUGCUCCAGGAGAGGACACGGGUUCGCCUGGAAAAAGGAAAAGCUCAGGAAGAACAGAUUCCGCUGCACUCCGUGUAACACUUUAAUGUCCUCCAAGAAAGACCACGAUAUGCAGAUUUUGACCAAACUGAAACCAAUCAAAGGCAGGAAAUAUGUAGAUUUUACGACAAGAAUGACGUUUCCUGAAAACCAGAGGCCACCCGUAAUAAGAGGUACGUUCCCGACAGAAGACCCAAACGCCCCUAAGAUCGAAUGGGGUCCUUGGAGCCCCUGCAGUAGCACGUGCGGCGCGGGGUGGCGAUCCCGCUACAAGGUGUGCGACAACUGCGACAUGAACGACUACGAGAACGCUAAAGUUGAGCCCUGCGUUGUGAACUUCUGGUGUCCACAGGAUGGCAACUGGGGACCUUGGUUUCCGUGGCAGCCCUGCACCCAGUCGUGUGAGGGAGGUACUCGCAUUCGUCAACGGAAGUGUAACUACCCACCCCCUGCGUACGGUGGCCAGAACUGCCCUGGACAGGGUAAAAACAACCAGACAUGCAAUGAAAAAUCGUGUCCAGUGGACGGCAGCUGGAGUGACUGGUCGGACUUUCUCGACUGUAGUGUCACGUGCGGACACGGAACCAUGAUGAAGCGAAGAAGAUGCGACAGCCCCGCCCCGGCCAAUGGCGGCAGGAACUGCCACGGUCCGAGUACCUUCACCAAGAAAUGUGACCGACCCCGCUGUCCUCAGGACGGUGGUUGGUCAUUGUGGGGCACGUGGAGAGCAUGCGCAGUUACGUGUGGCGAAGGCAUGCGUCAGAGAUACAGAUCGUGUGACAGCCCUAAGCCAAUGUAUGGCGGCAAGGACUGUGACGGUUCGCCAGUGGAACAGAUGCCGUGUUCUGGAGGCAGACCGUGUCCAGUGGACGGUGGAUGGUCCCCCUGGACUAACUUUGGGUUCUGCCGUGCGCUGCAGAGGUGUCAGACGGGUUUUCAGGUGAGAUCUCGGACCUGCACCAAUCCGCGCCCCCUCCACGGAGGGAAGCAGUGUCCAGGGCAGCAAUAUGAGCGUGUAAAAUGUUUCAAUGACAAAGACUGUCCAAAAAAUGGGUCGUGGUGUGAGUGGGGUAAGUGGUCGACGUGUUCCGCCACCUGUCAGAUAAACACCGCCCUGCGGGUCAGGGAAAGAGAAUGUCGGUGUCCGGUGCCAGAGAAUGGAGGGGCGGGCUGUGAAGGAGAGGCUGUGGAGGUGAAAGGAUGUGCUAGGUUACCUGAAUGUGACGUCAUAACGAAAGCAAAAGUCCGGGAUAAUGUUGAUGAUGACGACGACAGCGACUCUUCCGGAGCCGGAUUUACCAACGAUUAAGGAUUGAUUUGUGAUCAAGAAGAUUUACAACAAAAGCUGCAGUUUUCUCUGUAUAUACACACGGAACAACACAGUGGUCACUGACUCUACCAUGACAACGACACUGGGUCCAAGCCCAUGUCAGCCAAAUAUAAUACUAUAUCACAAUGUAGUUUAGUUUGUGAUUACACCAACAGUCGACUAGCCAAAUGCUAGUGUCAGACUACCAACGGAAAAUAGAAAGUUGACAAACUCGACAGUCUGGUUGUAAUUUCCCUAACUCUCGACUUACGACGGGUGCGCACAGACUAACAACAAAAUAUUUUUGAAUCGGAUACGACGGCCGUCGUAGACGUUGUAAGAGGGCUCAGACUAGCAAAUGGACAGUCGUAGAAGUCGUGAGAGCAGACAGUUGGCCAACUUUCUGGUGGGAGUUGGUAGUCUGAGCCUAGCCUAACAUAGAUAGUAUCAUAGACAAAUAUAUAGAUGUAGAUAGUAACUUAAAGCUUUAACACUGUAACAUAUGAAAACAUGAUUUUAAUUUGUACUAAAACGGUCUUAAGCUGAAACAACGGUAUAUGAAUAUUGCGGAUUUUAUAAAUGUAUUUUUUGGUCGGUUUCCUAAAGAUGUUCGGUUACAUUUACAUAAUAUAUCGGGUUAUUCAUAAAAAAAAAAAAAAAAGUCCCACUUUUUAAAGAUAUAUAGCGAGAAAAGUAUGCAUAGCAGAAUAUUGUAAUUUUACACACACGCGUGCGCACGCAUGCACACACAAGCAAGCAGACAAACCCCAGUUUAUUACGUGAUACAAAACGAUGUCAAAAACAAUUACCACUGAGAAGCUACCUCACAUCAUUCUAUAAUUCUAUUCAGGCGCGUGCGCAGAAGGAAGGUAACGUUUUAGGGGUUGAAACAGUUCAAAUCCUACCCUGCUUAAAGCAAUUUUAUUAUUAUUAUUAUUAUUUUUUUUUUAAUAUUUCGUUCGGGGGAUCGCGACUCGAACCCCUCUAGACAGUUCACUCGCCAAUCUAGACCCCCCCCCCCCCACACACACACACACACCCACCCCCGUAUACUUUCCUGCACACGCGUCUGUAUUUAUUAUCUCAGCCCCAUGAACCCGUCGGCUUGGUCAUUUAUUUUCGGCAAGAAAUGCUCAUUUAACUUUUUUAACAGUUGUGAUUUUCUUUUUAAAUUCUUCUACUUGUCCGCACGCGCGUUGCUACUUGCCCCUUUCUCGGAUAAGGUUCACACAUUAAUAGUCAAUAGGGCUGCAGUUGAGGGUAUCAAAAUGUUGGGGGGGGGGGGGGGGGGGGGGGGGAGAUAACUGAAAAAAAAAGGAAAUGUAUUUUAUCAUAUCGAUAAGACAAAAAUUAUUAACUACGUACUAUGGGGGGAAAAUCUGUCCAUUUUAGUAUGCAAACAUAAUUUGCAGCAGCUCCUUAAUGAUCAAGCAGGGUGGGGUUUCUUUUGGGGUUUUUUAGAUUCAUACAUCUUCUCUUUCUUUUUCUUUUUUUUUCAAUGUAAGCUGUAUGCCCAAGCGGAAUUUUCAUCAUUAUUAGAUAAUAUAAUAACUGGCUUUGUGCAAAAAUAAAAUGUUCUGCGAUAAA